AUGACGCUGCGUAAUACGAACGCCUCGACGAAUGUAGAGAGUGAGAGGAGUAGCUUGGAGGGUGGGAGUGCUCUCCAACAGCAGCAGCAGGCGCUGUUCCAGUCCGCACGCCAUGGCUCCAGCGACUCGUGGCAGAGUACUGAUACGGUACGCGGACCGUUUGGGGCCGGCAGCAGAGGGACGGGUAUGAGGGUCAAUACUAAUAAGAGGUUGCAACUUGAACGGAAGGACUCAGAAGUCUCACCUCACACGAUUACGAAACCACCACCCACCAAUGCGCGAGGCGACAUCGCACCGUGGGACUCCGAUCCUCAAGCCCAACUCAACAGCUAUCGCAAUGAGUUGUCGGUCUUGCAUAACAGCACGAACAUACCUUCGAUAACCCAGCAGCCACCUUCUGCUAUCGCGCCGUGGGCCAGCGGCAACGACAAGACCCCAAUGGCUACUUCGAUCUUCGGCGGAACGUUCUACAACGACUCGAAUGAGAACCUAGGACAGAUCUCUCCCGGCUAUGCGCCACCAGACGGCAUGGGCUUCCCUGGUGAUCGAGAUGAUCGGCGCCCUUCCAUUGCUAGCGCUACGACCGUCUCGUCUGCAGGAUCCAAGUCGAGCUUCGGUGGCAGAUAUAAAAAGAAGCUACAAGGAUUCUUUGGUGAGGAGUAUCAGGACACGAACUCGAAUAGCAGGCAGAACUCCGAGGCGAGCUCUAUCCAGAAUGGGCCUAUACCUGCUUUCGCUCCGGGUGGAAGUAGUUCAAGGAACAGGAACAACUCGAUGAACGAUGGACUGCUGCGAAGUGGACCUCCAAGUCCUACCAGCAGUAGGCCGAGGACACCCGGGCAAGGGCCAGGUCCAGGCGAUGAAGUCACGCCGUGGGUAUAUCAAGAUAUGCAGGACUCACCGAGACAUCAGGAUUCUUUCUUCCCAGACCAGCCCAAUGGACGAACGCCAAAAGCUUCGCACCACCGCUUGCACUUACCUGGACAUAGGCACAAUCGCAGCAACGAGGAGAAGCACAGUAUCAGCCAUGGGUUUCCGCUGCGACCGUCUACAAGCAGAGAGCAGUCGCAGAAUGACAUGGAGGGUAGAAGUCGCGCUCCGUCUGCUAUGAGUUCGGCGCUAAACCUCAAAGCCCGUGGGACAUCGCCAACACCCAGCAUCAAAAGUGUGCAAAGCCAGAACACACAGAGUCACCGGUCUCCUGCCGGCGCACACGGGGGAGGCAACCAGAAACGAUCGCUGGUAGACCGCUUGACUGGAAGACACAAGGGCGACAAAGGCCAGUCGGAGCCGUUACAGACUUCGGCAUCCACAGCCUCGCUGCCAAUGACCAACGUUGCGCAAGGCAAGACGCGCAAUGACACGAGGUCCAUUGCGAAGCCUUCCAGAGCACCGCCACGACCAGACGGUAGUAAUGGCGCUGGACCAGUGCGCAAAGAGUCACGAUUACCUUUCAAGAGCAAGAAGACUGGUGAUGCUGGUCCAGACGUACGUGUCAAGGAUCCCAAUGCAAAGCUACCUGAAAAGGAUGGCUCUGCUCUGUGGCACCUUGAUACCAAUAUGUCGAAUCUGGAAGGUAUCGUAGAUCACAAGCAGCCUCCCAUGACACCGCCAAACAAUGAGAUAUUUACCGGCUGGCCCGGCGAACAGCCCACGGCCAAGCAACCUCCACCACCCGCUACAGAAGACACAACUGGGACGUGGGAUGCGCCCGAUAGUUGGGCUGUGAAGAGGGUCACGCAUGAGAAUCAAGAGCGACUGCGAGAGCUCGACGAUGAGGGCAAUGUGCAACGAGAUGAGGAUCCAGGUCCCAUGUACUUUAUGCGCAUCUUCCGAGCCGACUCCACCUUUGCGGUCAUCUCAGCGAGUCUGAACACAACAGCAGCAGAACUCAUUGGCAUGAUGGCGAAGAAGACAUUCUUGCAGGAUGAACUGGAUAACUACCAGAUAGUCAUGCGCAAGCAAGAUACUUCUCGGCAACUGGAGCAAGGCGAAAGACCAUUGGUGAUACAGAAGCGAUUGUUGGAGCUCGCUGGGUAUCAGAACAAUGAUCGACUCGAAGACCUGGGACGUGAAGAUCAUGGAUACCUAUGUCGCUUCACUUUCUUGCCGGCCAAGAUGAGCGGAUACUCUAGCCUGGAACGCGACCCUGGGUUCGGCAAGACGCAACGCUUCAACAAUAUCGAUCUUGCUGGACGGAAUUUGAUCACGAUACCGAUUACGCUUUACCAGAAGGCGACGGAACUCAUCACGCUCAACUUGAGCAGAAACCUGACACUCGAUAUUCCGAAGGACUUCAUACAAUCUUGUACUGGUUUGCGUGAGAUCAAGUAUACUGGCAACGAGGCGUGGCGAAUUCCACCAAGUCUGACAUUAGCUACCAAGCUGACCAUGCUUGACGUCUCCAACAAUAGACUCGAGCAGAUGGAGCAUGCUGAGUUGUAUCGUCUGGCUGGGCUUUUGAGCCUCAAAUUGAGCAACAACAAGCUGACGAGUAUUCCGGAUUAUUUUGGUGGCUAUCAUGCUUUACGGUCGCUCAACCUGAGCUCCAACAGUCUUUCGGAGUUCCCAGAGGCACUGAGGGAGAUCCGGACACUCGUCGACCUCGACGUAUCGUUCAACUCCAUCUCCUACCUUGGCAACGUCGGCGCACUCACGAAUCUCGAGCGGCUCUGGGCGACGAACAACAAGCUCAGCGGGCCCUUCGAUGGUAGCUUCAGCGCACUGGUCAACCUCAAGGAAAUCGAUGCACGCUUCAAUGCGAUCUCGAACAUCGAUGUUGUGUCUCAGCUGCCGAAGCUUGAGUUGCUCAUGAUGGGUCACAACAGUAUCAGUCAGUUCGAAGGCUGUUUUACCAAGCUUAAAGUCCUGUUCUUGAAUCAUAACCCGGUGACGAACUUCGAUCUCAACGCGCCUGUGCCGAGUUUGAGUGUGCUCAACUUGGCAUCUGCGAAGCUGGCUCGUUUACCGGAUGCGCUUUUCACGAAGAUGUCGGGCCUGACCAAGUUGACAAUCAGCAAGAACCACUUUGUACAAUUAUCGCCGCACAUUGGGCUGCUCAGCAAGCUGGAGUACCUCAGCAUUGCCAAGAACGAGCUCAAUCGACUUCCGGCAGAGAUUGGAAGACUGACUGAAUUGAGAUAUCUGGACGUACGGGAGAACAAUCUGCCACUUCUGCCUCCGGAGAUCUGGUACGCGAAGCGACUAGAGACUCUCAAUGUCUCGAGUAAUGUGCUUGCAGAUUUGCCUAAGCCUGGAAGCCCACUACCGCCGCUUCCGGAACCGCAGGUCACGCCCUCACAGCUCAUACCAAACUCGAGCUCGAACCUGAGCACCAGUCCAGAUUUCGAAGAGCUGGGUAAGCUAGAAGACUUCCAGAUGAGACGGCCAAGUCAAGCGAGCGGCAUGCUGUCCGUAUCCUCCUCGCCCGGCACUGUCAGCAGGAAAGGCUCGCUGGCAUCGUACAGUUCGUCUAAGCCAAGUAUGGCUGGUAGGACCAGCACAGCAAGCACGACUGGCACGAUCACGCCUGUGGCGCGGAAGGACUCGACGAUGAGCAGUAGACUUGCUUCAACGUUCAGCUCUUCUCUCCGGCAUCUGUUCCUCGCCGACAACAGGCUGGAGGAUGAUGUCUUUAAUGAGCUGCAAUUACUGCCUGAGCUCAGAAUCUUGAACUUGUCGUACAAUCAGCUUUACGACAUCCCACCAAGGACGAUCAAACGAUGGACCCAUCUCACCGAGCUUUAUCUUUCUGGUAACGAGCUCACGAGCUUGCCUUCGGACGAUCUUGAGGAAGGCAGUAGUUUGAAGGUCCUGCACAUCAACAACAACAAGUUCCAGGUCUUGCCUGCCGAGCUAGGGAAGGUGCAGAAGCUCGCCAUCCUGGAUGUAGGCAGCAACAUGCUGAAGUACAACGUGAGUAACUGGCCAUAUGACUGGAAUUGGAACUGGAAUCACCAGCUACGAUUUUUAAAUAUGAGCGGUAACAAGCGACUUGAGAUCAAGCCUAGUCCUCAGGCUGCUAGUGGUAGGGAGACCAGAGAUCUGACCGACUUCUCGAGUUUGACAAAUCUGAGGAUUUUGGGACUGAUGGAUGUGACGCUCACGAUCCCGAGCGUGCCGGACCAAGCGCCAGAUAGGAGAGUUAGGACUGCUGGAAGUAUUAUUGGGACGAGUAUACCGUACGGUAUGGCUGAUACACUUGGCCGAAAUGAACAUUUGUCAACCGUAGAUCUGGUGGUCCCUCGCUUCAGAGGUCACGAGGACGAAACUCUAAUCGGGCUGUUCGACGGACAGUCGUUGUCCUCCGGUGGCAGUAGAGUCGCGAAGUAUCUGCAUGAGAAGUUCAAGCACGCUUUCAUCGAAGAGCUCGAAAAGGUGAAACAGGGCGAAGGCCCGAUGGAUGCCCUGCGCCGAACAUAUUUGGGCUUGAAUAAAGAGCUGGCAACCACGGCGACACAAGCACUUGAUGCGAGAGAGCAUCCUAGCAGUGCGCUGGUCCAUCGAGGUAGCAUCUCUGGGCCGACGCUGGAAGAGGACGAUCUCAACUCUGGCAGUGUGGCGACCGUCAUGUAUCUCCACGGCAUGGAACUCUACAUGUCCAACGUAGGUGAUGCACAAGCACUUCUGAUCCAGUCAGAGGGUGGCCAUCGCAUCCUGACAAGAAAGCACGACCCAGCCGAGCAAUCAGAACGAGCGCGCAUCCGCGAGGCAGGUGGCUUUGUCUCUCGUCAAGGCAAGCUCAAUGACCAACUCGACGUCUCGCGAGCGUUUGGCUACGUGCAGCAGACGCCUUGCGUAAUUGCCGCCCCACAUGUUUGCAAAGUCGACAUCAAAGAGUCGGACGAAAUGAUUCUGCUAGCCUCGCGCGAACUAUGGGACUAUCUGACUCCAGAGUUUGCUGUAGAUGUUGCAAGAGGAGAGAGGAAUGAUCUUAUGCGUGCAGCGCAGAAAUUGAGGGAUCUCGCCAUUGCUUUUGGCGCGACUGGCAAGAUCAUGGUCAUGAUGGUCGGUAUCAGUGAUUUGAAGAGACGGGAGCGUAGUGCUAAGUGGAGGUCGCACAGUAUGAGUAUGGGACCUAGUGGUGCGCAGGAUGAUUACUUCACGACUAUUACACGGAAGGGCAAUCGACGACGAGACGCCGUUGGUGAUUCGAAAUUGGCCCGUCUGGAUAUGGAAGUCGAUGCACCUCAAGGAGAUGUUGCGCUCGUGUUCACAGACAUCAAGAACAGCACGAUCUUGUGGGAGACGUACCAAGAUGCUAUGCAGUCGGCCAUCAAGAUGCACAACGAGCUCAUGCGACGGCACCUCCGAAUCAUCGGAGGGUACGAAGUCAAGACUGAAGGCGACGCUUUUAUGGUCGCCUUCCCCACUGUGACGAGUGCGCUGCUGUGGGCCUUCACCAUGCAGACACAACUGCUUGAGGUGCAAUGGCCACAAGAGAUAUUGUCAAGCGUCCACGGCGAGGAGGUGCAGGACGUCGAUGGCAAUGUUAUCUUCCGUGGUCUGAGUGUGCGUAUGGGCAUUCACUGGGGUCGGCCUGUGUGCGAGAUCGACCCAGUCACCAAGCGCAUGGACUACUUCGGACCCAUGGUCAACCGCGCUGCUCGAAUUGAGGGCGUGGCUGAUGGAGGACAGAUCUGUGUCUCCACCGACUUCAUCCAAGAAGUGCAGAAGAUGCUUGAGAGCCAUAUCGAAAGUGACCGCACUGGGUCGACAGGCUCCGAAGAAACUAUGAGUGAUGAUAUGCAAGGCGAGGCCAUGAAGAGGGAGAUGCGCUCGCUCAGCAGUCAAGGCUUCGAAGUCAAGGAUCUGGGCCAGCGAACUCUCAAGGGUCUCGAGAAUCCGGAGUACAUCUACCUCAUGUACCCGCACUCGCUGUCCAGUCGUCUUGUGAUCCAGCAACAGCGUGCAGACGCCGAGAAAGAGCGGAUGGAUAGUAGUAACAAGCUCGGGACUGGCUCUUCACCUGAUUUGACGGUCGAUACCGAGAAUGUGUGGGAUCUCUGGAACGUUAGUCUCAAGCUGGAGAUGCUGUGCAGUUGUCUCGAGAGCACCGGAGUGACAGCGUUGAAGCCGCCGGAGACGGCAUUGUUGGAGAAGAUCAGGAGUAAGCCCAAUGAGGUUACUGAUCGAUUUUUGGUCAAUUUUGUCGAACAUCAGAUUAGUAGGAUUGAGACAUGUAUCUCCACCCUUGCCGUCAGGAAUAUGGUUCGACCAUUCAAGGAUGGCAUGCUUCAGCAAGCUGGACCAAUGUCCGACGUCCUCAUGGAACUAACGGGCCAGCUGGAUGAGCUCAAGAGGUACAAGGCUCAGGAAGAGGAGGAUAUGAUACUUGCAGAUGCAUGA